GGCACGCCGUACAUCCACGACGUCCUGGGCGGCCUGAAGUUCCGUAUCUCCCCGGGCUCGUUCUUCCAGACCAACACUCGGCAGGCCGAGGUCCUGUACGAUGUCGUACGCCGCGCCGCGGGGCUGCGGCCAGGUGCCGUAGAUACGGUAUUGGAUCUGUACUGCGGUACGGGCACCAUUGGCCUCAGUUUGGCGGGAGAGUGUCGGCGGGUGUUGGGCGUCGAAGUCCUGGAGUCGGCGAUAGAGGACGCCCGCGCCAACGCCGCGCUCAACGCCAUCUCCAACGUCGAGUUCCUCUGUGCUGACGCGCCGGCGGCGGCGGCGGCGGCAUCCCCGACAGCGGUGACCACACCCGACGUCGUGAUUGUGGACCCGGCACGUGGCGGCCUGACGCUCGACGCCGCCUCGUUCCUGAGCCGCUGCGGCGCCCGACGUGUUGUGUACGUCAGUUGUAACGUAGCCACGCAGGCACGUGACCUGGACCGAUUGUGUAAUGGUUCCGGAGCUCCCUUCCGAUUGGUUUCCGUACAACCUGUGGACAUGUUUCCUCACACGGAUCAUGUGGAGACGGUGGCGGUGCUGGACCGCAAGGAGUUGACGACGGCGGCUGCGGCGAUGUGA